AUGGACACUCAGCCAACAUCACACAGCCUUUUUGAGGUUUACCUUCGACUGCGCCCAGCCAACACCGUUUCGACGUCUGGCGAUCGCUUCCUCGAUGUCGAUGUCCCAGAACCCGGCGAGAGCGCACCCAAACAUAUCACCCUGAACCCGCCAGCCGAUCGACGCCGAGCAAUCGAAAAGUUCGCCUUCACCCAGGUAUUUGAGGAAGAUGCCACACAGCUUGAUGUGUUUCACUGUACUGGGGUCGCCGGCUUGGUGGAGGGCGUGCUUGCUCCCUAUGGUGAUGGAACGGAUGCCUUGUUGGCGACGCUGGGAGUGACGGGUUCUGGAAAGACACACACCAUGCUGGGAACACGAUCCCAGCGCGGCCUCACCCAAAUGUCCCUCGACCUCAUCUACCGCUCGCUCGGCCAUCGCGUCCUUGAUCCCUCUACAUAUCCAAACCUCGAACAAUCCAUCAGCGCAUCCGAUCCGUCAGAAGCCAAUAUCCUUCCAGCCACGGCCUACCUCGAAUCGGUAUAUGGCACAGAUCCAACGAUAUCCUUCCUGCGCGGAAGCGGCAAUGGCCGAUCGACACCUCCACAAAACGAAUCGUCCACUCCACGCCGUUUCCGCCCUUCCACGCUUCCCCAGAACCCCGACAUAAGCCAUCUAACCAUUCCCUUUGACGCGUCAGCCGAGUACGCCAUCGUCAUCUCCAUGUACGAAGUCUACAACGACCGCAUCUUCGAUCUCCUUUCUUCCCCCGUGAAGUCGGCCGCCACCAAAGAAUACCGUCGCCGACCCUUGCUGUUCAAACCCACCGAGCUCUCGCCGGACCGAAAAGUGGUGGCGGGACUACGAAAGGUGGUUUGCGGAAGUCUCGAUCAGGCGUUGAUGGUCUUGGAAGCGGGUUUGCAAGAGCGAAGGGUGGCAGGGACAGAGAGUAAUACGCAGAGUUCGCGGAGUCACGGGUUUUUCGUGGUGGAAGUGAAAAAGAGGUUUUCCCUUGGUGGGCAGCACACGGGAUGGUACGGAGGCGCAGGAUGGGCCGGGAAUUCGCUGACCAUCGUGGACCUUGCGGGCAGUGAGAGGGCCCGAGACGCAAAGACAGUCGGACAGACAUUGGCCGAGGCGGGCAAGAUCAACGAGAGCUUGAUGUAUCUGGGGCAGUGUUUGCAGAUGCAGGUGGCAGGUGGGAAGGAAAAGCCGAAUCUGGGCUUGAUCAGGCGGUGCAAACUGACCGAGCUGCUGUUCACCAACUCGUUCCCCACGGGCAAUAACCAGCAACAGCAUCGAAACCCGCAGAAAGGCAUCAUGAUUGUCACCGCUGACCCCCACGGCGAUUUCAACGCGACCUCUCAAAUCCUUCGCUACUCUGCCCUCGCCAAGGAGGUCACCGUUCCUCGCCAGCCGCCCUCGUUUCCUCCCCCCAACUCCUUCUCCAACUCGUUACCGCCUAUUGGCAGUCCAAACCAUCAAUACCUCUCCUUCCAACAGACUCUCGAAUCCGCCGCUCUCGAGAUCUCCAGGCUACAAGAAGAUCUCACCUAUCUUCGGCACGCUCUCGACUCGGAACGGAGCCUACGCGAACAGGCUGAAGCGCAUUUGUUGAGCAUGGAAGAUAAGAUGGUCGAGCUGGAGCAGGCAAUCCGCGAAGAUUGUGCGGAGGAGUUCGAGAAGCGUCUGGAACUGGAAGUCAACAGGUGGAAGACGAUUGUAGAUGGGGAGAGGGAGAGGGGGGAAGAGUUUUGGCGGGGGAAAUGGGGAGUGUUUGAGCGGAUGGUAGAGGCUGAUGGGGAUGUCGACAUGGAUAUGGACGUGGACAGUCCGAAGAAGCCAGAAAACACGACGCUGGUGGAAACGAGAACAGUGGAAGAUAGAGAGGCUCGACGACAGCUGGAAAUUCUUGCCGACGAAAACGAGCGGCUACAGAGGGAGAACGAAUCACUUAAACAGGCUUUGGCAGCCUGUAUCGAUCCUGCCAAGUCGCCCAGUCGCAGAUCGCCUAGUCGCAGUCGGAGGAAGAAGGCUCAACUGAAUUAUGCGGAAGAUGAUGAUGGGUUCUUUCAGGAGUUGAAGAGAGAUCAAGGGGAUAUGGCCAUGGAUGGCUUUGGGGAGGGAAAUGGGGUCAGUGGCAGUCAUGGAAGUCCGACGAAGAAGAAGAGGAUCAGGAGGUUGGGAGCAAAGAAAUGGGGACAGGGGUUGGAUGAUGAUGAUCCUUUCUAGAUGGCACCAGCUGAGCAGCGUGGUGUCAAAGAUGGAUCAUGUCGGGUUAUUUGUACGAGCACAGGACAUACAAUGGGUUCACUAAGCGUGCCGGGUUAUGAAGGGAAUUGCAUUUGUUUAUACCCCGUUGUUGUUUGUUAAGUCAUGUCAACAUCAGGCAUAAGGAAGACAAUGAAUCAAUGUUGUUACCGU